GAAAACAAUAUGCUAAGCAUUCUUAGUAGAAGUUUUCGUACUUGGAACUCCAUUCAUCACUGUCAAUUUGCAGUGAAUGGUAGAAUCUGGAUACUCUGGAGGAAUCAAAUCUCCGUACAGGUGGUGUCAGCUAUCGAUCAAGCUAUUACUUGUCUUUGUUCUCGACCUCAAGGUGUCGAUGUCAAGAAGAAUGUUGUUGUGACCAUCUCUUCAGACAAAGGUCUUCGUGGUGGAAUUAACUCUACAUCAGUCAAGAUAAGCAAGGCACUCCACAAGUUGAACUCUGGUCCUGAAAAGGAAACAAAAUAUGUUAUUUUGGGAGAGAAAGCUAAGGCUCAAUUGGUUCUUGACUCUAAGAAGGACACUGAGUUAAUCAUAACCGAGGUCUCUCUUCUUGCUGAUGAUAUCUUAAAGAAUGUGGAGUAUGACGCUUUGAGGAUUGUCUUCAACAAGUUUCACUCAGUAGUUUCAUUCGUGCCUACACUGUCAACCGUGUUAUCACCUGAAAUUGUUGAAAGGGAAGCUGAAUCCGGGGGCAAGCUUGUUGAUCUAGACUCCUAUGAAGUUGAGGGUGGUGAGACAAAGGCUGAAAUACUUCAAAAUCUGGCAGAGUUCCAGUUUUCUUGUGUCAUGUUCAAUGCGGUAUUGGAGAACGCUUGUAGUGAACAAGGAGCAAGGAUGUCUGCCAUGGAUAGCUCAACCAGAAAUACCGUCGACAUGCUUGAUGGCCUUACACUCACAUAUAACAGAACCCGUCAAGAUUACCACCGAGUUGAUUGAGAUUGUAUCUGGAGCAUCGGCACUGGAGGAUCAAUUUAUUGCAUACAGCAUAUAGACAUUGCAUUUUAAGAGGGUAUUUAUUUGGAGUCAAUCAACAGUAAAAGAAGUAAUCAUGAAACCAUCAAUAGCAUCAACAUCCAAUAAGAAUUAUUUGAAAAUAAAAAACCAGUCGGAAAGUAUUCAAGGAAAAGAAAGAGACUGGUUAAGAUUCUGUUUCUACAUUUCACAAUUGGAAGUUAAAAAGGGGUAUUUGUUGAAGACAUAUAAGGAUGUGAUAUUGCUCAUGUCAAUGAAGAUUGAUAAGUCACUAAUUCAGAUUACGAUACAAUUUUAAAAUCGUUGUUUCGUGUUCAACGAAUAAGACUUGAUCUAUAAUUGAAUAAUAUUCAUUUUUAUUCCGAACAAAGUCUGUCAAUCAAGACAAUAUUUAUUGGUAGGAGGAAAACAUCACCGGAUAUGAAAAGAAGUUGGCAUUUCUGGGAAUCAAAAUCACUUUUUUUAUGGUUUCAGCAGCCUUUUGAUUCUUCCUUUCUUAAUCCAUGUGACUGAGUCAGCGUA